AUGGAUCGGGGUGGCCAGAAAGAAGCACAUGAAGAAGCUCCGGCCAACAUCGAGGACCGGGAGGAGGAGCAUGGAACUGGCGAGGCAACUGCAGAAAUGUGCGCUAAUCCACCUGCACCAACACUUGGAACUUUGGCGGUUGACAAGGCACCACCACUAUCCAAGAAGAAAAAGUUGAAUAAAAACCUUCACGGCCUCUCCAAGCCACCUGCACCAAAUUUACACUCGAAGAGUAAACCGUCUAUUCAGGCAAACGGUAAGGUGAUGUCGAGUGAUUCGCGUCUGUGCAAACAGCGGGGAUCUGUCAACAUGCGCAGGAAGCCUAAGGCGAGGCGUCUGAAACUGAAUUUUGAUGGCUCGUCCAAGCACGACGAGUCCAGGCGUGCCAGCAUCGGGGCAUUCGGCGGCGUGUUCCGCGAUCACAAAGGCAAGUUUUUCCUGGGCUACGGGGGGCGGAUCGUCAAGGCCACGAGCUCCGUUGCUGAGCUGGUCGCGCUCAGGCGUGGACUCGAACUGGCUCUGGAGAACGGGCGGCUUGGCAUCUCCAUCGAGGGCGACUUCGAGACUGCCGCCGAUGCCAUCGCGAGCCGUGCGUGUGUCCGGGCGAAGGAGGACAUGAAGCAGUUCACGGCGAUCACCAAGAUGCUCCCGCCGCUCGGCAAGGUGACCGUGACGCACGUGGGCCGGGAUGGCAACAAGGUGGCGGACUGCUUUGCCAAGCUCGGCCACAAGGCGGCGGCGCAGCGGGUGUGGCGUGACGUUCCGCCGGAUGAGGUGCUCGUGCACCUCAAGCAAGAUAUAAGUCCAAGGCGAAAAGAAAAAGAAAAAGAAAUAGCGGCGCGGCUGCGCAUGGGUUCUACGGAACAAAUGGUAGAGGAAGCCGCUCGGUGUUCCAGUUUGCUGUGCGUGCUCUACUUAUUUUGCUCUGAAAUUCUCAAUUACUCUACAAUUUGA